AUGGCGGACGCGGUGCUGGCGGCCCUGGGCGCGGCGGCGCCGUUCCUGCGGCCGGGCGAGCGCGAGCGCCUGGCGGCCACCACGCGCCCCUUCGACCCCCGCGCCGAGUGCUUCGUGCCCCACGCGGGACACGAGUUCGUCCGGGGACGCGUGCUGGAGAGGCACGGCGGCAGCGCCACCGUGGAGACCGAGCUGGGAGAGACGGUGACGGUCAAGGAGGGCGACGUCCACCAGCAGAACCCGCCCAAGUUCGACAAGAUCGAGGACAUGGCCAUGCUGACGUUCCUGCACGAGCCCGCCGUGCUCUUCAACCUCAAGGAGCGCUACGCGGCCUGGAUGAUCUACACCUACUCGGGGCUGUUCUGCGUCACCGUCAACCCCUACAAGUGGCUGCCGGUCUAUGACCCGCAAGUGGUGGCCGCCUACCGGGGCAAGAAGCGCAACGAGGUCCCCCCGCACAUCUUCUCCAUCUCCGACAACGCCUACCAGUACAUGCUGACAGACCGCGAGAACCAAUCCAUCCUCAUCACCGGCGAAUCGGGGGCGGGGAAAACGGUGAACACCAAGCGCGUCAUCCAAUACUUCGCCAGCAUCGCCGCCAUCGGCGACCGCAAGAAGGAGGCGGCCAAUAGCAGCAAGGGCACCCUGGAGGACCAAAUCAUCCAGGCCAACCCCGCGCUCGAGGCCUUCGGCAACGCCAAGACCGUGCGCAACGACAACUCCUCGCGAUUCGGGAAGUUCAUCCGGAUCCACUUCGGGGCCACCGGGAAGUUGGCGUCGGCCGACAUCGAGACCUACCUCCUGGAGAAGUCCCGCGUCAUCUUCCAGCUGAAGGCCGAGCGCAACUACCACAUCUUCUACCAGAUCCUCUCCAACAAGAAGCCGGAGCUUCUGGAGAUGCUGCUGGUCACCUCCAACCCCUACGACUACGGGUACGUGUCCCAGGGCGAGGUGACCGUGGCCUCCAUCGACGACGCCGAGGAGCUGUUGGCAACCGAUAGCGCCUUUGACGUGCUGGGCUUCACGGCCGAGGAGAAGGCCGGCGUCUACAAGCUGACGGGGGCCAUCAUGCACUUCGGCAACAUGAAGUUCAAGCAGAAGCAGCGGGAGGAGCAGGCGGAGCCGGACGGCACCGAAGACGCCGACAAGUCCGCCUACCUGAUGGGGCUGAACUCGGCCGACCUGCUCAAGGGCUUGUGCCACCCGCGCGUCAAGGUGGGCAACGAGUACGUCACCAAGGGGCAGAGCGUCCAGCAGGUCUACUACUCCAUCGGCGCCCUGGCCAAGGCCGUCUACGAGAAGAUGUUCAACUGGAUGGUGGUGAGGAUCAACAACUCGCUGGACACCAAGCAGCCGCGGCAGUACUUCAUCGGCGUCUUGGACAUCGCUGGCUUCGAGAUCUUUGACUUCAACAGCUUCGAGCAGCUCUGCAUCAACUUCACCAACGAGAAGCUGCAGCAGUUCUUCAACCACCACAUGUUCGUGCUGGAGCAGGAGGAGUACAAGAAGGAGGGCAUCGAGUGGGAGUUCAUCGACUUCGGCAUGGACCUGCAGGCCUGCAUCGACCUCAUCGAGAAGCCCAUGGGGAUCAUGUCCAUCCUGGAGGAGGAGUGCAUGUUCCCCAAGGCCUCGGACAUGACCUUCAAGUCCAAACUCUACGACAACCACCUGGGCAAGUCGGCCAACUUCGGGAAGCCGCGGAACGUCAAGGGCAAGUCCGAGGCGCACUUCUCGCUCACCCACUACGCCGGCACCGUGGACUACAACAUCCUGGGCUGGCUGGAGAAGAACAAGGAUCCCCUCAACGAGACGGUGGUGGGGCUCUACCAGAAAUCCGCCCUCAAGCUCUUGGCCCACCUCUUCUCCAACUACGCCGGGGCAGACUCCGGUGGCGGGAAGGGGAAAGGAGCCAAGAAGAAAGGUUCCUCCUUCCAGACGGUCUCAGCCCUGCACCGGGAGAACCUCAACAAGCUGAUGGCCAACCUCAAGACCACCCACCCCCACUUCGUCCGCUGCCUCGUCCCGAACGAGCGGAAGGAGCCGGGUGUGAUGGACAACGCCCUGGUCAUGCACCAGCUCCGCUGCAACGGGGUCCUGGAGGGAAUCCGCAUCUGCCGCAAGGGCUUCCCCAACCGCAUCCUCUACGGGGACUUCCGGCAGCGGUACCGCAUCCUGAACCCCGCGGCCAUCCCCGAGGGGCAGUUCAUCGACAGCCGCAAGGGCGCCGAGAAGCUCCUGGGCUCCAUCGACAUCGACCACAACCAGUACAAGUUUGGGCACACCAAGGUGUUCUUCAAGGCAGGGCUCCUGGGCCAGCUGGAGGAGAUGCGUGACGAGCGCCUGUCCCGCAUCAUCACGCGCAUCCAGGCGCGGGCGCGGGGGCAGCUCAUGCGCAUCGAGUUCAAGAAGAUCGUGGAGCGCCGGGACGCGCUGCUGGUGAUCCAGUGGAACCUCCGGGCCUUCAUGGGGGUGAAGAACUGGCCGUGGAUGAAGCUCUACUUCAAGAUCAAGCCCUUGCUGAAGAGCGCGGAGACGGAGAAGGAGAUGCAGAACAUGAAGGAGGAGUACGGGCGGCUGAAGGACGCCCUGGAGAAGUCGGAGUCGCGGCGGAAGGAGCUGGAGGAGAAGAUGGUCUCCAUGCUGCAGGAGAAGAACGACCUCCAGCUCCAAGUGCAGGCUGAGCAGGACAACCUGAACGACGCCGAGGAGCGCUGUGACCAGCUGAUCAAGAACAAGAUCCAGCUGGAGGCCAAGGUGAAGGAGCUGACGGAGCGGCUGGAGGACGAGGAGGAGAUGAACGCCGAGCUGACAGCCAAGAAGAGGAAGCUGGAGGACGAAUGCUCGGAGCUCAAGAAGGACAUUGAUGACCUGGAGCUGACCCUGGCCAAGGUGGAGAAGGAGAAACACGCGACUGAGAACAAGGUCAAGAACCUCACAGAGGAGAUGGCGGGGCUGGACGAGACCAUCGCCAAGCUGGCCAAGGAGAAGAAGGCUCUGCAGGAGUCCCACCAGCAGACGCUGGACGACCUGCAGGCCGAGGAAGACAAGGUCAACACCUUGACUAAGGGCAAAGUCAAGCUGGAACAGCAAGUGGACGACCUCGAAGGCUCCCUGGAGCAGGAGAAGAAGAUCCGAAUGGACCUGGAACGGGCCAAGAGGAAGCUGGAAGGUGACCUGAAGCUGACCCAGGAGAACAUCAUGGAUCUGGAGAAUGACAAGCAGCAGCUGGAGGAGAAGCUCAAGAAGAAGGAGUUUGAGAUCCACCAGCAGAACAGCAGGAUCGAGGACGAGCAGGCGCUGGCUCUGCAGCUCCAGAAGAAGCUGAAGGAGCUCCAGGCGCGGAUCGAGGAGCUGGAGGAGGAGCUGGAGGCGGAGCGGACGGGCCGGGCCAAGGUGGAGAAGCAGCGCUCGGAGCUGUCGCGGGAGCUGGAGGAGCUCAGCGAGCGGCUGGAGGAGGCCGGCGGCGCCACCUCGGCGCAGCUGGAGCUCAACAAGAAGAGGGAGGCCGAGUUCCAGAAGCUGCGGCGGGACCUGGAGGAGGCCACGCUGCAGCACGAGGCCACGGCGGCCGCGCUGAGGAAGAAGCACGCCGACAGCGUGGCCGAGCUGGGCGAGCAGCUGGACAACCUCCAGCGCGUCAAGCAGAAGCUGGAGAAGGAGAAGAGCGAGCUCAAGCUGGAGCUGGAUGACCUCAGCGCCAACGUGGAGCAGCUGAUCAAGGCUAAGGUGGCCAUGGAGAAGAUGUCGCGCUCCAUGGAGGACCAGGCCGCCGAGCACUUGGCAAAGCUGGAGGAGACCCAACGCGUCCUCAACGACGCCAACACCCAGCGGGCCAAGCUGCAGACGGAGAACGGUGAGCUGUCGCGGCAGCUGGAGGAGAAGGAGGCGCUGGUGUCCCAGCUGACCCGCGGCAAGGUGUCCUACACCCAGCAGCUGGAGGACCUGCGGAGGCAGCUGGAGGAGGAGAUGAAGGCCAAGAACGCGCUGGCGCACGCGCUGCAGUCGGCCCGGCACGACGGGGACCUGCUGCGGGAGCAGUACGAGGAGGAGACCGAGGCCAAGGCCGAGCUCCAGCGCGCCCUCUCCAAGGCCAACUCCGAGGUGGCCCAGUGGAGGACCAAGUACGAGACAGACGCCAUCCAACGCACCGAGGAGCUGGAGGAGGCCAAGAAGAAGCUGGCGCAGCGGCUGCAGGAGGCCGAGGAGGCCGUGGAGGCCGUCAACGCCAAGUGCUCCUCGCUGGAGAAGACCAAGCACCGGCUGCAGAACGAGAUCGAGGACCUGAUGGCCGACGUGGAGCGGUCGAACGCGGCUGCCGCCGCCCUGGACAAGAAGCAGAGGAACUUCGACAAGGUGUUGGCCGAGUGGAAGCAGAAGUUCGAGGAGUCUCAGACGGAGCUGGAGGCGUCCCAGAAGGAGGCCAGGGCCCUCAGCACCGACCUCUUCAAGCUGAGGAACAUCUACGAGGAGUCCCUGGAGCACCUGGAGACCUUCAAGAGGGAGAACAAGAACCUCCAAGAGGAGAUCUCGGACCUCACGGAGCAGCUCGGCGCCGGCAACAAGUCCGUCCACGAGCUGGAGAAGGCCCGCAAGCAGCUGGACGCCGAGAAGCUGGAGCUCCAAGCCGCUCUGGAAGAGGCCGAGGCCUCCCUGGAGCACGAGGAGGGGAAGAUCCUGAGGGCGCAGCUGGAGUUCAGCCAGGUGAAGGCCGAGUACGAGCGGAAGCUGGGCGAGAAGGAGGAGGAGAUGGAGCAGGCGAAGCGCAACCACCUGCGCGUGGUGGAGUCGCUGCAGACCUCGCUGGACGCCGAGACGCGGAGCCGCAACGAGGCCCUCAGGCUCAAGAAGAAGAUGGAGGGCGACCUCAACGAGAUGGAGAUCCAGCUCGGCCACGCCAACCGCGGCGCCAACGAGGCCCAGAAGCAGGUCAAGGCUCUGCAGGGCUACCUGAAGGACACACAGCUGCAGCUGGACGACGCGGCGAGGGUCGGGGAGGACCUGAAGGAGAACGUGGCCAUGGUGGAGCGCAGGAACGCCCUGCUGCAGUCCGAGCUGGAGGAGCUCCGCGCCGUGGUGGAACAGACCGAGAGGGGCCGGAAAUUGGCCGAGCAGGAGCUGAUCGAGGCCAGCGAGAGGGUCCAGCUCCUCCACUCGCAGAACACCAGCCUCAUCAACCAGAAGAAGAAGAUGGAGGGUGACAUCUCCCAGCUGCAGACAGAGGUGGAAGAGGCCGUCCAGGAGUGCCGGAAUGCCGAGGAGAAGGCCAAGAAGGCCAUCACCGAUGCGGCCAUGAUGGCGGAGGAGCUGAAGAAGGAGCAGGACACGAGCGCGCACCUGGAGCGCAUGAAGAAGAACAUGGAGCAGACCAUCAAGGACCUGCAGCUGCGGCUGGACGAGGCCGAGCAGCUGGCCCUCAAGGGCGGCAAGAAGCAGCUGCAGAAGCUCGAGGGGCGCGUGAGGGAGCUGGAGAACGAGCUGGAGGCCGAGCAGAAGCGCAACGCCGAGAGCGUCAAGGGGCUGCGCAAGUCCGAGCGGCGCGUCAAGGAGCUCAGCUACCAGACGGAGGAGGACAAGAAGAACCUGCUGCGGCUGCAGGACCUGGUGGACAAACUGCAGAUGAAAGUCAAGGCCUACAAGAGACAGGCGGAGGAGGCGGAGGAGCAGGCCAACACCAACCUGGCCAAGUUCCGGAAGGCGCAGCACGAGCUGGACGAGGCUGAGGAACGCGCCGACAUCGCCGAGUCCCAGGUCAACAAACUGCGGGCCAAGAGCCGCGACAUCGGAGCCAAGAAGCUGCACGAUGAGGAGUGACCCAUCCCUAUGAAGGACCCGCCAUGAGUGACCCACCACCAUGAGUGACACCACUGCCACCACGAGGGACACACCAUGAUGAGAGACGCACCGUGAUGAAGGUUCCACCAUGAUGAAGGUUCCACCAUGAUGAAGGUUCCACCAUGAUGAAGGUUCCACCAUGAUGGAGGUUCCA